GUAUAGAUAUCUUUAUUUUGUGAUCAUGUUAACUGCAUAUGUUCUGAUCAUCUGCAGUAAUUCCACUAUUGUGUGCAUCAUUGCUUUACACAGAAACCUCCAUGAGCCUAUGUACGUGUUCAUUGCAGCUUUGAUGGUUAACUCUGUUCUGUUCAGCUCUGCUAUCUAUCCAAAGCUUCUGAUGGACUUUUUAUCAGAGAAGCAGAUCAUAUCUCAUUCAGCCUGUCUGUUUCAGUGGUUUAUUUACUACUCUCUAGGCUGUUCAGAAUUCCUCCUGCUGGCAGCCAUGGCCUACGACAGAUAUGUGUCUAUAUGUAAACCUCUGCAAUAUCCAAAUAUCAUGAGGAAAAGAACUGUUCAAAUGUUGCUGAUCCUAGCUUGGCUUCUGCCUGCUUGCCAGUCUUCAGUGCCGAUGAUAGUGAGUGCUAACAAAAAACUCUGUCACUUUAAUUUAAAAGGAAUCAUUUGCAACAGCACGGUUCAAAAACUGUAUUGUGUGACUUCAAGACUGCUGAAUAUAUACGGCUUGGCUGUUCUCGUAACUGCAGUAAUUUGUCCCGUGCUCUUCAUUCUUUUCACAUACAUCAGGAUAGUUAUAGUUUGCUAUAGAAGCAGUCAGGAGGUCAGGAGGUAA